UGUAACACCAACAGGUCCAUCAGACGAUGUGCGAUGUGUGGUCUCACACGAAAAGGAAAACACGACUGCAUUUAGAGGAAAUUAUAGAAGCUGUCACAGGUUUAAAAUGUUAACCAGGUGGUUAACUUUCACAGCUUUUCUGGCUGGCUCAGCAAAUCCAGAAAGAGCAGCUAUUGGCCAGGGCACUCUGACCGUCGCACCAACCUGCAGGGUCAAAGGUCACCCAGAGGUAGCGUUGACUUUAAAAUGCGGAGACGGAAAGAUCGCAGGUGUGGUCCAGUACUGGCACACCCCCUUUGGAGACAUCCAGACCCCUGGUCUCUACAGUAAGCUGGACCCCGUCUUUAUGCACCAUGACAGGAGCCUGGUGGUCCCCAACAUCAGCAUUCUGCACAGUGGCCUGUACUACUGCUUCCUGCAGCACACAGAGGGAACCACGCUGUGGUCUUAUGAGCUUCAUGUAGGUCCCAACAAUCAAGUGGCCCAGGAACACAGUAAGCAGUGUGGUGUGUUCAGGUUCAAGAGGGAUGCUGGGUCUUUGGAAGAGAGGCAGGCAGGAGUUUCCAAUGGGCAGUUUGCAGGAGCUGUGGCAGCAUCAGUGCUGCUGACCUUUGUGGUGGGGUUCAGUGUUGGAGCUCUGACCAGGACUCAUGUUCUCAGGUGUUUAGGAGCAGUCACUACAAGGAUGCGAUCACCAUGGCAACAACAAAGCCAAACCGACACACAGGACCAUGACUCUGAGGUCACCAUAACAACCCUGCCCCCUAUGUACUACAACCAGGCCUUUGAGAUGGAGCAGGUGUGUGACAACGGUGACUCUGCAAAUUGUGCAAGCAUGGAGACGACGAUUUCGUCAACUACCUCAUCACCCCCCGCCAAACCUAAGAGAAGCUUCCGGCAGAAACGACAGGAGGAGCAGGAAACCAUGGCUUAUCUGGAGGGAUGUGACUACAUGAAAGAAGAAGAGUCAAGGAUGGAGGAGGAGGAGGAGGUGGCAGGAGGAAAUCUGAAGGAAAAGAACAAAGGCUGUGAUGGGGAGGCAGAGAAGGAAGAGGAGAGAAAGUUUAGUGGUUUCUUUCAAAUAGGAGAGCGUGGAGGGAGUCAAACAGACACAGAUGAGGACAAGUGCAGUGAGGAUGGAGAGGAGACAGAUGAAAGAGGGAGCAGGGAGGAAAAGAGGGAAUCGAGACAGGAGGAGGAAGGGGUGGAGACAGGUGAGCAUGAGAACAGGAGCAAGGAGGAUGGGGAAAGAAGUGAGGAAAAGGCCAAUGGUAAAGAGGAAGAGAGAGAUGAGAGGAGGGAGGAGGUGGUAGAUGACAGUGAACACAAGAGGAGAAAGGAAGAUGGAGAGACAGACAUUUGCAGCGAAGACGAGGAGACAGGCAGUAAAAACCAGGAGGACACAAUGAAAAAUGGCAUCACGGAAGGAGAACCAUCGUCCUCCCUGAGCCGUCGCAGACGCGUCAUUCGCCUGUACCAGUACGACGAAGACGGCCAGCGAUAUGGUCACCUUCCAGACCCUGCCCCUGAUGCGCCGGGGCCUGCCCCCAGGCUCAAACAGCGCUCCCUCUCUUUGACACGCCUCAACGCCAUCAUGGCCGCUGCCUCUGCAGGGCCGCUGGACACGAGAGAGACAGGGAGGGAGCAGAGAGAGGAGAAACCACACUUCCACAUGGAGAUAUAACAGAGGGCAGAUGCCAUGAUGAC